GUCACGCACUUUAUAAACGAGCCACUCAAGAAACCAUUACAGAGCGAGAGCAGAGAAACCCGUCACGCGUGAUGGUCGUGGAUCUGAAUAUUGUUCUUCGCGCUUCGACUAGAAUUACUUCUACUGCUGUAGAACAAUCGUCUCAUGCCAAGAAAAACCCGCUUUUUCUCCAACCAGUGUACKUGUACCUCGGAGAGGAACAACAAUGACCUCUGUAUUCUUGCAGGGUGUAAUGAUGUAAGGUCUUUCCCUUCACGAAAACAUCGCAAGCAACACUACAUCUCUGAUGAAAUAAAGCCAUGGCUGCCACUAUUACGAGUUCCAACAGCUCUGAGCUGUCAAUCAAUGAGAGAGAUCCACUCAUAGGCCAAGCAGAAGGUGGUGCUGGCGUGACCUCUACAAGAGGUACUCGAGUUCGUCUGAUCACUGUAUUGUGCAUCCUGGUAACUGAGUUAUGUGAGAGACUGACUUUUUAUGGAGUGUCAGCUAACCUUGUCUUGUAUUGUCAAGAUGUUCUGAAGCUACAGGCACCGUAUCCUAGCACCGUUACCCUGGCUUUUCAAGGUACUGGAGGCAUUAAAUCCAACGUGUCUCCACUAGGAGCCGAGCAACUCCAAGACCAAGGUUCCCAAGUCGUUGAACGGUUCUUUGACUGGUUUUACUGGUUUGUCCAGCUUGGCGGGUUUAUUGCCUUCACCCUGGUGGUUUACGUGCAGCAGGAGAUUUCGUUUUUCUAUGGAUAUCUCAUACCUUCGCUAGCGAUACUCCUGGGCAUUUUCUUCUUCCUAAUAGGUAAUCGCAUAGGGUAUGUUGACUCGUCACCUAGCUCGRAUAGCCGUGCUUUAGAUACCAUUAAAAUCGCAUGGCAUGGACUGGUAGGGGUUUUUAAGAGUAAGAGCGAAGACGAACGAAGUAUUAACUGGCUUGAUCGAGUGAGGCUGGUACACAAAGAAAGAUGGUCACGUGAAUCAGUGGAGGACACUCGUUCCGUAUUGCGGUUAAUGCCUAUAUUUUUGACAUUUGUACUUUAUUGGACAGUCUUCGGUCAGGGUCUGACAACAUAUGUAAUACAAGCCAAGAAUAUGAGGCUAAAACUCGGAAGCUUCACGGUACCAGCUGCAUCUUUGAAUGUAUUCGAGACUGGCUCACUACUCAUCAUUCUACCCUUGCUUGACCACGGAAUCUAUCCUCUGUUGCGUUACUUUGGUUUCAGAGUCACUCCUCUGCAAAGGAUCGGUGUUGGUAUGCUCUGCGCGUCUGGUUCGGUAUUUGUGGCGGGAUUUGUAGAGAUUGGAAGGAAAAAGUUUAUUGAUGAAUAUGGUUACAUACAACAAGUCCUAUUUGAUAAAACUGUCAAUGCAUCUUCAAUGAACGUGUUCUACCAAGCUCCACAGUACAUACUCCAAGGAGCUGGGGAAGCUUUAGUGUCGGUUACAGGACUAGAAAUGGCUUUUACCCAAUCUCCUGAAUAUCUUCAYGGACUGAUAAUGGGAUUAUGCCUUGGCACUAUAGGGCUUGGGUACUACUUGGCCAGCGCCCUGGCAGCAAUAGUGACUUCAGCAAGUACCACGUGGUAUCCAACUGACAACAUCAACAGUGGUCACCUUGAGUAUUAUCUCUUUCUCAUGUCUGGGCUAAUGAUGCUCAACUUUUUCAUCUUUGUGGCUAUUUCUAUUUGCUUCUUUGAAUAUAAGGAGGUCAAAGAAACGGAGAAAGAGCCGCAAAAUGCUGAACAUCCUCGAGAAGGGAAUGAAAGUACUAGCCCUUUUGGUGGUGGUGGUGGGGACUUAAGAUAGACUUACAGCUAAUAGUCCCGGCUUUCACAGUUCCCUGCGCCAUCUUAAAAGGUAGCCGUGUCUUUACAUCGAAGCGAGACGAACGGUGAGCUUGCAAUGAUAGAGACCUUUUUUAACACCUUGGACAAUUAUUCACAUGUCUCUAUCAUUGCAAGCUAGCUCACCGUUCGUCUCGUUUCAAUGCAAAGGCACGGCUACCUUUCAAGAUGGCACAGGGAACUGUGAAGGGGACUAUUGACGUAAGAUAUGGCGAUCCGUAACAACUACAACAAAAUCAUGCAUGGAAUGAAGCGAAAAUUGAUUGAAUGAAACCUUAAAAAGUUGUAUCUCUAGCGCUUUUGKGGUUAGGCUGACAUUAAACCACUUUUUGAAUGUUUA